AUGAAGACAGGACAUUUUGAAAUGGUCACCAUGUUGCUGGCAGCUGUGAUCCUAGUGGACAUCUUCCAGGUGAAGGCUGAAAUAUUAGACAUGGCAGAUAAUGCAUUUGAUGAUGAAUACCUGAAAUGCGCUGACAGGAUGGAGAUCAAAUAUGUUCCCCAACUGCUCAAAGAGGAAAAAGCAAGCCAUGAGCUAUUGGAGACUGUGUGGGAAAAUGCAAAAGCCAAAUGGGAAGUUCGGAAGACUCAGCUGUUUCUCCCUAUGAAUUUUAAGGAUAACCAUGGAAUAGCCCUGAUGGCAUAUAUUUCUCAAGCUCAGGAGCAAACUCCAUUUUACCACAUGUUCAACGAAGCUGUGAAGAUGGCUGGCCAAUCUCGAGAAGAUUAUAUCUAUAGUUUCCAGUUCAAAGCUUUACAUUUUUACCUGACAAGAGCCCUGCAGUUUCUGAGAAGCCCUUGUGAGGACACUUACAAAACUGUGGUAUAUAGUACAAGUCAGGGUAUUUCAUUUCUAUUUGGAGAGCUAAACCAAGCCAGGUUUGGCCGUUUCACCUUGGCAUAUUCAGCCAAACCUCAGGUUCUUAAUGACCAGAAUAGCCUGUUAACCAUCAACACAUGCUUUGGAGUUUCCAUUGAGAAAUUUCUGGAUAAACAAAGUGAAAGAAUUGUUUUAAUACCUCUGAAUGAGAUAUUUCAUGUGUCACAGGAAGAGGCUGGCAAUAGCUUUAUCCUUCAAAGCACAAACAAGACCUGCAGCCAUUACGAGUGUGCAUUUCUAGGUGGACUAAAAACUGAAAAUUGUGUUGAGAAUAUAGUAUAUUUUCAGCCCAUCUAUGUCUACAGUCCUGAUGAGAAAAACCAGAAGCUUGAAGACUCUGGAACAGAAAGCCAGGAGACUGCUGUCUUACCUGAUAUGAAAAACUAUGAACCCACCCAAAUACCUGGAUCGAAAAUUCCAGAACCUAUUUCAUUACCUGAAGGCAAACGUCAAGGAAUUAUCAACAGUCCUACUCCAGGCCCACUUCCAGUUCCAGUUCCAGGGCCCAAAACCCAUCCCUCUGCAUCCUCUGGUGAAGUGGUCCUUCCGCCAUUUGGGACAGUCAUCAUUUUCAUCUGUGCUUCUGCCAUCUUUGUUGCUCUGUAG